AUGAGGUUUCUAAUUUUAUGUAUAUAUAUUAUUGCUAAUUCUAGUAAUAAUGGUAAAGCAUCUUUGGAAAGCUUUUUACCAAGUAAAGAUAAUUUACUUUUAACUGAUACAACGAAAAGUUCUGAUAAAUCAUGUAAUCGGCCUUGCAAAUUUAACGUCAAACCUCGACAGUGCCGCUACAAUUUCGAGAUUGGUCCAUCUUUUGAGGAAGAUGAAAAACCGGCCUUGACUAUAAACGGUUUGACUCCUGGACCCGCUAUACACGUCUGUUUACACGACAUAGUAAUUGUCAAAGUAAAAAACAAAAUUCCAAAUCAAGAUUUGACCAUGCAUUGGCAUGGUAUCGAACAAAAAGGAACACCAUACAUGGAUGGCGUACCAAUGGUUACACAGUGCCCUAUUUCAUAUGGAUCUACUUACGAAUAUGCUUUUAUUGCCUCAUCUCCCGGAACUUUCUUCUAUCAUGCUGAUUCAGUGAUUCAUCAGAGUGACGGCGUGUACGGUACUCUGGUGGUAGACCAACCUCAGCCAAUAGAGCCUCAUGCGUCGUUGUAUGAUUAUGAUAGAAAAGACGAGCACACGAUGAUUAUAGGAGUUAAAUUUCAAGAACUGCUAACAGCCAAAUUAGAAGACGUUAGUCAAAUUAAACCCAAUAGCCUUUUAGUGAAUGGAGAUAAUUCGAACACUAAGUUAUUCGUUCUGCCAGGAUACGCAUAUAGAUUGCGUUUAAUUAAUGCUAUUGCAAUAGAAUGCCCUUUGGAAAUACAAGCCCAUAACCACCUUAUAACUGUCAUAGCGACGGACGGUAAACCUGUACGACCAGUUACAACUACAGCUGUUAAAAUUUAUCCAGGCGAGCGAAUGGACGUGGUCAUUAGAAUGAAUCAACAGAGUGGUGGGCACUGGGUUCGAGUCUCUGGUGAGGGUUCGUGUGAAGGCAGGACAGCACACGCCAUGCUUUUGUACUCAGGAUUUAAUUAUACAUCUAUGAUGGAACAGGGACCGGACAUUGAUAUGAAUUUUGAAUUCGAUGCUAAAGAUAUUAUUUCUGGCCAGCAAUUACAAUCUUUUAAAGAUGUACCGCUGGCUGGUAAUAUAAAAUCUUUUUAUUUGGACAUAGAUAAAGCUUACCCAAAACUGAACGACGGUGAUAUCGAUUUUCGCUACUUAAGUGACGCUAUGCCAAAAAAACCAUUCUUCCCAGCAGCAUUAUCAUCCGAAAAAGGAGUAGUGCAGAUAAAUGAUAAAAACUUCUUGUACCCGAGUGCACCAUUUUUAUUAAAACCACGUGAAAUACGACAGGAAGCUGUAUGCAAUGUGGGAGAAGAAAAUAUGCAUAAAGAGCCCCAAUGCUUACAAAUUUUGAAAGCUCAAGCCAAUGAUGUUAUAGAGUUGGUUUUAGUUAAUGAAGGAAGAGGCAGUAACGACUCGUAUACGUUCCACAUGCACGGAUACACCAUGCAAGUUUUAGCUACUUGGAAAAGUCCAGAACCCACACCUAUUUUGAGGAAAGAUGUUCGUACACUUCUUUCAAGAGGCUUAAUUACAAGAAAUGAGAAAAAUCCUCCAAUAAAAGACACAAUAAUAGUUCCAAACAAAGGAAUCACCAUAGUUCGACUAUCAGCAUCGUCGGGCGGGAGCUGGCUACUAGAAUGCCGGUCCUGUUCCCUCUCUAUGCCGGCUGCGAUACUCAUAAGCGUUCCUUUAUCUAUACCUAAGAAAGUUAUUGAUAAGUUACCAAGUUGCGGUAGUUACAGACCAGCAGAUGUUUUACUGAAC